CCACCAGCCCAUCAGAUUGCCCGCACGAUUGCAUCAACGCCGUACCUGACAAACCUGACAAAUCGGGCCAUCCGCCAGCAAUGACGGGAAGUAUCCCUGUUAAAGCGGACAGCAUCCGUCUGUACAUCCUCCUUUUUCGAUUGCCCAGCAGGUAAACAUGGACGCUGCCGCCGUUGAGAGAUCUGAUGCCCCGUCGGGCCCAACUACACAGCGGCCCUGCAAAGCGCGAUCUCGUAUCAGUGCCGCCUGCGUGCGAUGCCAGAAGCGGAAGAUUCGAUGUGACGGAGCCGUGCCAGCCUGUGGUGCGUGUCGAAAAGCAGGGGCAAAUUGCGUGGGGGGAGGAGCAUCUCGCGAUAUCCCUCGAGGCUACGUGCACGACUUGGAGGCCCGUAUUGCGUGGCUGGAAUCCAUUGUGCGGGAACAUGUACCCAGCGUCGACCUUGGUGCUGGGCCACAUUAUCAAUCCCACGGCACGCCCAGUCGUGGGCCCAAGGACUCUACUCUAUCUCAUCCUCAACCAGACGAUGGGGCCUCCGACGCCUAUUCUCCCGAGGAUGAGUCCCUCAGCGACAUCACGCAUCAGAUUGGACUCGUCUCCGUCACCUCGGGGACAGAUCUCCGCUACCUGGGCCCGUCUAGCGGGCUGUUCUUCACCAAAUUCGUCUUAGCAGGACUGGGACGGAGGAUCCAGGUCGAGAAACAGUACUCGCCUGAUCCCGUGAAAGAUUCUCUCUCGAUCCCCGCCGAUCUCCUCGUCGUUCGACCUCAAGACCUGCCGUCCGACAAGAGACACGCGCGGUGGUUGUCGCAGGCAUAUUUUGAAACGGUUCAUCUGCAGUUUCCCUUCCUCCACGGACCGAGCUAUUUCGACAUCCUCGAGAAACUGUAUGACGGUGUCGAGGUCGGCCCAACAUGCGAGUUCCAGGUCUUCAUGGUCCUCGCAAUCGGGGCGACGAUCCUGGCACGUCGAGCAAAAAUACCUCUGUGUGCUGAAGGCUAUUAUGCCUCUGCAAUGACUCGGCUCGAUGGCAUCUUCCAGAAAGCCUCCUUCACGGGGGUCCAGUGCGUUCUGCUUCUGCAGACGUAUGCCAUGAACAACCCGUCGUCUGGAUUGAGUCUGUGGUCUCUUCAUUACCAUUGUCUGGCGUGGACAAUCGAGCUGGGUCUGCAGCGCAACGCCCCUGGAAACCUCUUUUCUGUCCCACAGCAAGAGCUGCGCACCAGGGUCUUUUGGUGUGUCUACACAAUCGACCGCGCCUUGUGCACUCUCAUGGGAAGACCGCUUGGGCUGAUGGACGAGCAGUGUGACUUGCGGUUACCAUUGAAUAUCGAUGACAAGGACCUUGACUCCAGCCAAACGAAGUCGGGUCACGGCGACGACUCUCUGACCGACAUGUCCAGCGCCAUCCACCUCUUCAAGCUGGCGAGACUCAACUCUGAGAUCAAAUGCGUGCUGUACUGCGUCGGUCGACAAUACCCACCCUAUACGCGACCGGCCACUUCGGACAUCGUCCGAUGGAAAGAGGAUAUCUUGAACAGAUUGCGGAAAUGGAAGGAGGAGAUCCCGCGACACCCAGAAGGCAGCGAACGAUCUGGCAUCAACCACCUCUGCGAGAUCAAAUACCACGAGCUCAUCAUGCUGGUCCUCCGGCCGAACCCCGUGUUCCAGAAUCCCACACAGGCUGCUCUGCGCGAAUGCUUUGCCAGCGCCAUGCAGUGCAGCAAGCUCUACCACGAGCUCUACGCCGCCAACACCCUCCACUACAGUUGGAUUGGCGUCCACUCGCUCUUCCUCUGCGUCAUUACCAUGUUCUACUGCGUCUGGACGCCCGGCGGCGUCGCCGAUGAGGUGGACGUCGACACGCUGAUGCGGGCACUCAAAUCGACCUCCGACAUCCUCAGCGCGACGGGCGAGUAUUGGCCCGAGGCGAGACGGAGCCGUGAUGUACUGGACCGCAUCUCGACGGCGACCGUGUCCCGAUUUACCACGAAGUUCUGCGAGACGCAGAGCGGCACGGUCAACCCGAGGCCACCACCCACGCCGCCCAUCUCGGCGAAUUUGGGCUUCGAACAAGCAACAGAGGUCCCCGACGUAGAUUUCAUCUCUCCACCCGACUUCCAGGCGCUUCAAUUUGGGAACGGAAGCUUUGGCACUGGGUACAUGUCUCCCGUCUACGAGACACAGGCCGACUCGUUCACCACCACCGAUAUGCUGUCAUACUUUAUGGGAUCUGGGGGCGAUGGGAAUAUGAACAAUGCCCAGAUGAUGGGGGGGUACUAUCCCAGCGUGGACGAAGUGAUGCAGAAUUUCUUUGCCAACGGAUUCCGGGAUUUGGGGGAAAUUCAAUAGACUUGUUUGUGCCGGUGUUCUGGGGACCAAAAGUUCAUCAUCUACAGACGUACAGCAGUAGCAGCAUUAAUUCAAAAGCCUUGGGCUAC